UUAUGUGACAGUUGUAUAGAUAUCCAUUUCAUGGACAGCCCUAAUUUCACCUUGUGGAGGUCAAACCGUACUCUGCAGCCGGCGAAAGCAAUUUCCAAUUUGCAAAGGUUAAAAAAGUCAACUUGACGAAGUCUUCAGUUAAUUCAUAAAAGUAUUCCUUCCAAAUAAACACCAAAAUGCCGAUCAAAUCAAUCAAGGCUCGUCAAAUCUUCGAUUCUCGUGGCAACCCUACUGUGGAAGUUGAUCUGGUCACAGAGCUAGGCCUCUUCCGUGCUGCAGUACCAUCUGGAGCCUCCACUGGUGUUCACGAAGCUCUGGAGCUCAGAGACAAUGUGAAGGGUGAAUACCACGGCAAAGGUGUACUCACUGCCAUUAAAAAUAUUAACUCAAUCAUUGCGCCAGAACUUUUGAAACAGAACCUAGAAGUCACACAACAAAAAGAGAUUGAUCAAUUCAUGAUUAACCUAGAUGGCACAGAGAACAAGUCAAAGUUUGGUGCCAAUGCCAUUCUGGGUGUUUCCCUGGCAGUUGCCAAAGCUGGUGCCGCUAAGAAGGGUGUUCCCUUGUACAAACAUUUGGCAGAUUUGUCUGGCAACAGCAACAUUGUGCUGCCUGUGCCUGCAUUUAACGUCAUCAACGGCGGCUCCCAUGCGGGUAACAAACUGGCCAUGCAAGAGUUCAUGAUCUUGCCCACAGGUGCAUCAUCAUUCAGUGAGGCGAUGCGCAUGGGCUCGGAAGUAUACCACCACCUCAAAAAGAUCAUCAAGGAGAAGUUUGGUCUGGACUCCACCGCUGUGGGAGACGAGGGUGGCUUUGCGCCUAACAUCCAGAACAACAAGGAUGCACUGUUCCUCAUUCAGGAUGCUAUUCAACAAGCUGGUUAUACUGGCAAGAUUGAAAUUGGUAUGGAUGUGGCAGCUUCUGAGUUCUUCAAGAACGGCACAUAUGAUCUGGACUUCAAGAACCCCAAAUCCAACCCAGCUGACUACUUGUCAUCUGAGAAGUUGGCUGAGGUCUACUUGGACUUCAUCAAGGACUUCCCCAUGGUUUCCAUUGAGGAUCCCUUCGACCAGGAUGACUGGGCGGCCUGGGCGAACCUCACCUCCCGUACUCCCAUUCAGAUUGUGGGAGAUGAUCUUACUGUAACAAACCCAAAACGUAUCACCACAGCAGUUGAGAAGAAAGCCUGUAACUGUCUCUUACUGAAGGUGAAUCAGAUUGGCAGCGUCACAGAGUCCAUCGACGCACACUUGCUAGCUAAGAAGAACGGAUGGGGCACUAUGGUUUCUCACAGGUCUGGUGAAACUGAAGACACAUUCAUCGCUGAUUUGGUAGUUGGCCUUUCCACUGGUCAGAUCAAGACCGGAGCUCCGUGCCGCUCCGAACGGCUCGCCAAGUACAACCAGAUCCUGCGUAUUGAGGAGGAGCUCGGCGCUGCUGCCAAAUACGCGGGAAAGAACUUCCGCAAUCCCGUUUAAAUGCAUUAUGCAACUAAUAUUAUACUGCAACUAAAGUCAAGUAAAUUCUUAGCCUUUAAAGAAAGUCAUUUACAUUGUGUAAACACAAUAUGUAAACAUUAUAGAAAAAUAUAUAUUUGUUGUAUGUCGGACGAGUAUGUACUAUGUAACUGUGGUUUUUAUAGUAUUCGUAACAAUUUUCAAAGUGCUGCCCUGUUUUAUUAAUAUUUAUUAUUUUUGCUUCGGAUUGAGUAUAUGUGUCAAAAGUGUGAUUCUCGUUAAUUUUAAGGGAAAGUGAAAUUAUAAAUUAUUAUUUAAAUAUACUGUUAAUGUGUA